UGAGACAGAAAACUACAGGGGUACCUUCAAUCACCAUCGAGACAAGAUGAAUAUCUCAGUUUGUCUUCUUGUAGCUCUCUUCGUGGGUGCAGUAGCCUAUCCAGUUAGCAAAGGCAUUUCUUUGGAAGAACUAAGGGAUGCUAUGCAGAUUGAAAAAUUGGAAUCAUGGGAAAAAUUUCUGAAAAAUGGGGGCAGAAUUUACGUUUUCAAGGAAGGUAUGGACAACGAAGAGGGAUACAAUGUAAACAAAGUCACUCCAACGACCCAAGAACACCCAAUGAUUGGUGAAGAGGGAGAAGAAGACGAUACGGGGGAAUAUCCAGAUCUCACAGACGAGACGGCGAGAAAAACACGUCGUCGUCCAUAUUUCAGUGGACCGUCUCACGAUGAGGAUUCUGAAAAACACAUGCUACAGAAAGAAAGUUACCCAGGAAGAAGAGAACGUAAGGCACAGGACAAACCUAAGACAUUCCAAUCUAAAACUGAAAAUAAUGGAUUCCGCUCACCCGAUAUUUUAAAUGGAGAGAACAGAAACAUCAUAAAUGAUAUAGGAGGCGGAAUUAUUCUCAGAACGCUUGAUAUCCAGAAAAAAAAGAAACGAUUCAUGAGAUUUCGACGGAAAGGGGAAAAAUUCUGGGACGUUAAUCUCCUACUGCCAGAUUUCCUGUAGGAGGGAUGUUAUAUAUUUAAAUGAUUUCCUGUAGGAGGGAUGUGAUAUAUUCAUAUGAUUUCCUGCUUGAAAAGGGAGUGGGACAGUUCCCAAAACAUUAUGUUUUUAUGAAUUCACUUAGAAAUAUAAUCAUUUACAUAACAAGUGAUGUUUCAGACAAAAAAUUUAUACUUGUGAUCGCAAUUCACAGCAAAAAGCUCCAAAUUUCAAUUAUAAUUUACGGUAUUGAAUAA